AUGUUUUUAAGAAUUUUCCAUCACUGUCAUAGUAUCCUAGAAAUGUACCCCACUACAACACGUCGGGGCCUACACCAGUACUACAUACAGAACGCGAAAUUCACCUACCAACAAAACACUUAUCUCAAGGGUAUUCCGCCAGGCGCCAUGAAUUUCAAUCGAAGUGGACAAUCACAGAGCCCGCCGGCAGCGCAGCAGCAGCAGUACGACCAGCGGCAGAAAAUGUCGAUGCUCCCGCCGCAGUUCCAGAACCUCACACCGCAGCAGCUCCAGGAAUUGAAAAAACAGCCCCAGUUCCAGAACAUGCUCCGCCAGUACUUCCAGCGGCAGCAGCUCAUGCAGCAGCAGGCCAUGCAAGGCAUGAACCUUGCCCGCGAGGGGACCCAGGGCGGCACCGGCACCAUGAACGCAAAUAUGGCCACAAACAUCAACACGCAGAACGCCAGUGCUAAUGCCAUGAACCCAGGCAUGGCGGCAGCAGGAAUGCCCAUGGGCGCGGCGGGGAUGAAUUCAGCGAUGAAUCCGGCAAUCAACCCGGGAAUGGGCGCCUCGUUGGGGCUGGCUAUGAACCCAGCCAUGGGCUCUGGUGUAAACCCAAACGUCAACAUGGCGCAGGCCGUGCAGCCGCCCAUGAGCCAGAACUUGGGCCAGGCCAACCAAAUGAGCCACCCGCAGACCGCGCCGAACAUGGGCUCCUCCAUCAACCAGAACAUUCUGAUGAACAUGGCUCUGACCGCCAAUCGAAACUUGGGGCUGCGGGUGCCCAUGCAGCAGAACAACAUGGGCCAGCCCAUGUACAGCCGUGCAGCGCAGAACGCGUACUUGCAGCAGCAGCAGAAGCUUCUGCGGCCCAUGCAGCAGCCGGCCGGUUACGCUCCAUAUGUGGCACGUCAAGACAUGGACAAGGCCCUGGCCAUGGGAAUGCCUGGCGUCUCGGGUGCCAGCCUUGUAGGCGCAGGAGUGGCAGGACCAGGGGCAGCUGGUGCAGGUGCCGUCAGUGGAGCUUUGGCUGGCGUAGGCGGACCUUUGGCCGGAGCCGUCAAUGCAACAGCAGCAGGCGCGGCUGUGCCAGCUCAAUCAAGCGCAUUGACUGGCCCAAUCAACGGAAUCAACGGAGCCAUGGGCGGACAAAUCCAUGGGCCUGCCAACGGUGCCGCGAGCGCGACAAAUGGCGCCGCUUCUGGUACAUCGGGUGGAAACAGGCUCAUCAAGGAGAAGCCGCAGAUUGCUCCCGGGUUCACGCCCGAGGCCGUUGCACGUGUGCCCAUGAAAACACUCCGGUCUGCCUCAGAAUGGUCUGACCGCUUGCGUGAAGCAGGCAAAGACGUACCCUUGGAUGUGCGUGUUUACGAAGACAUCAUCAGGAAGGACGAGCUGUUUCUCCGUCUCUCAGCGUACGAGGCCCAGAAACACAAGGCCAUGUUGGAGAAAAUGGCACUUGACAUCAAAACGUACGGGAUGAUCAAACAGCUGCGUAUGAACGCCAUAAGUGCCCUGGCGAAAAACCAGUACAAUAACAGCAUCUGGGGAGAAGGGUAUCAGGGCUACGGUAACGGCGCCAGCAACACAGCCACGCAGGUGAUUUUACCUCGCCAAAACAAAACAUUCACCAAGGUCCCUGAUCUUCCGUCUACAGACCGCGAGAUGAACGCUCGGCUUUUGCAGAACGCUUCCAAGCCCGCCCAAGUUGUGCCUGUUCGCUUGGAUUUUGACCAGGAAAGAGACCGGUUCAAGCUUCGUGACACCUUUUUGUGGAAUCUUAACGACGACACGUAUCCACUUGAGCACUUUGUACGAACACUUCUAGAGGACUACAAAUUCAUCUCGGAACAGCACAUGCACACGGUGCUAGCGUCUGUCUCCGAACAGAUCAAGGACUUCCGUAAGAUCCCAGAGAAAACUAUGGGAGAAAUCCGUGUGCCUAUCAAGAUCGACCUUAUUAUCAACAACACUCAGUAUGUGGACCAGUUUGAAUGGGACAUUUUGAACUCAAGGGACGGCGAUCCGGAAGAAUUUGCGACGAUCUUAUGCGACGAAAUGAGUUUGCCAGGUGAAUUCGCCACGGCGAUUGCCUUCAGUAUCCGCGAACAGUCCCAACUCUACCACAAGGCGUUGUUUUUAGUUGGGUACAGUUUUGAUGGUUCUGCUAUUCGAGAGGAGGAAAUUCGCUCGCAUAUCCUCCCAGCAUUGCGAGUGCUCAACUCUGAUGACGCAAGCGGUCCUGUCGAGGACUUCAUUAGCACUUUGCGGAACCCGGGAAUCGUGGCCGAUUACUCGCCAUCUCUCAACAAACUCACCCAGCUGGAAGUGGAGAAAGUCGACAAGGAAAUGGAGCGCGAGUCGCGGCGUAGAAGACGCCAUUUCAAUACAGAAAACACCUUCAGCUAUAACGAAAACGGACCCAACCUGUUCUCGUCUGGCAGUGGACGUGGCACUACUUCUAGAAGAAAUGCUCUUCACUCAGGAAGGGGUGUUAAAACGACAUUGCCUGACCUUGGAGAUAUUCCCAAAACAUUCCGUACCCCAAUGCCAUCCAGUGUUCUCCCUGGCGGAAUUGAUUUGGGUGUGCCCGACAUUUAUGGCUAUAACGAGCUAAUAGUCAACCGAACACAGGUGAAAAACCCAGAUUACAAGCAGCCUGCGCCUCCAGGUAUGGUGACAUCAUACCGUGACAGUACAGGCUCUUUCUACGUGAAGAUUCUUCUCCGCCGAGGCAGGAACUAA